CCCCCGCGCAGUCUGCCCGGCGCGCGGAGCCAGAGCGGCGGCCCUUCCCGGCGGCGGCGGGGCGCGGAGGGCGCGGCGGCGGCACCGGCACCGGGACAGCGCGGAGGCCGCCGGCGGCCACUCUCUCCGCGCCCGGAGGCGGCGCACCAUGGCCGGGGCGCGCGGGGCGGCGGCGGCGGCGGGCGGGCGGCGGCGGGCCGAGGGGGCGCGGGGACGCGGCCGGUCGCCCCUGCCCGCCGCGGUGCCCGCCGCCUGAAGGCUGCCCGGGGCGCGGGGCCGGCGCCGGCGCGGCGCGGGCGCAGGAGGCGACUCGGGCGCGAUGUCGGUGCCGCUGCUCAAGAUCGGGGUUGUGCUGAGCACCAUGGCCAUGAUCACCAACUGGAUGUCCCAGACGCUGCCCUCGCUCGUGGGCCUCAACACCACCCGGCUCUCGGCGGCCGGCGGCGGCACGCUGGACCGCAGCACCGGCGUGUUGCCCACCAACCCUGAGGAGAGCUGGCAGGUGUACAGCUCCGCCCAGGACAGCGAGGGCAGGUGUAUCUGCACGGUGGUCGCCCCCCAGCAGACCAUGUGCUCGCGGGACGCCCGUACGAAACAGCUGCGGCAGCUGCUGGAGAAGGUGCAGAACAUGUCCCAGUCCAUAGAGGUGCUGGACCGGCGGACUCAGCGGGACCUGCAGUACGUGGAGAAGAUGGAGACCCAGAUGAAAGGCCUGGAGUCCAAGUUCAAGCAGGUGGAGGAGAGCCACAAGCAACACCUGGCCAGGCAGUUCAAGGCGAUAAAAGCGAAAAUGGAUGAACUUAGGCCUUUGAUACCCGUGUUGGAAGAGUACAAGGCCGAUGCCAAAUUGGUUUUGCAGUUUAAAGAGGAGGUCCAGAAUCUGACGUCAGUGCUUAACGAGCUGCAAGAGGAAAUUGGCGCCUAUGACUACGAUGAGCUGCAGAGCAGAGUGUCCAAUCUUGAAGAGAGGCUCCGUGCGUGCAUGCAAAAGCUAGCCUGCGGCAAGCUGACGGGCAUCAGUGACCCCGUGACCGUCAAGACGUCCGGCUCCAGGUUCGGGUCCUGGAUGACCGACCCUCUGGCCCCCGAGGGCGACAACAGGGUGUGGUACAUGGACGGCUACCACAACAACCGCUUCGUGCGCGAGUACCGGUCGCUGCAGGACUUCAUGACCACGGACAACUUCACGUCGCACCGGCUGCCGCACCCCUGGUCGGGCACGGGCCAGGUGGUGUACAACGGCUCCAUCUACUUCAACAAGUUCCAGAGCCACAUCGUCAUCCGCUUCGACCUGCGCACCGAGAGCGUCCUGAAGCAGCGCAGCCUGGACUACGCCGGCUACAACAACAUGUACCACUACGCCUGGGGCGGCCACUCGGACAUCGACCUGAUGGUGGACGAGAGCGGGCUCUGGGCCGUCUACGCCACCAACCAGAACGCCGGCAACAUCGUGGUCAGCAAGCUGGACCCCGUGUCGCUGCAGGUGCUGCACACGUGGAACACCAGCUACCCCAAGCGCAGCGCCGGCGAGGCCUUCAUCAUCUGCGGCACGCUCUACGUCACCAACGGCUACUCGGGCGGCACCAAGGUGCACUACGCCUACCAGACCAACGCCUCCACCUACGAGUACAUCGACAUCCCCUUCCAGAACAAGUACUCGCACAUCUCCAUGCUGGACUACAACCCCAAGGACCGCGCGCUCUACGCCUGGAACAACGGCCACCAGGUCCUCUACAACGUCACCCUCUUCCACGUCAUCCGCUCCGACGAGCUGUAGGGCCCCCGCCCGGAGCCAGGCCACGGCCCCGCCCGCGUGGAGAUCCCGCCACAGCGGCUGCCAAAGUGACCCUCGCGAUACCGAUCGCACGGAUUCGGGACGCCCGGCCGCCGCCUGGCGCGGGGCAUCGCGUGCGCGGGCACGGCCUCCGCGUUCCUCCGGCUCUGGCCGGAGGGCGACGGAUUUGGGGAGAGGCCCCCCCAACUUUGCAGCUGGAACUGCAGCCCAGGGCUCCCCUCGCCCCCCACCCCUUCAGCCCCCUUUUCGGUCACAUGACAUACUAGAGAAGUAAGGCGUGUCCGCGGCCAGUUCUCGCCCAGGACGGCCCGCUGUUAGGAUCGCAUGGACUUUCCUUAGGUCGAGGUCGGUGCCGGUGGGCGGCUCGGCGUGGCCCCCGGGCUCCCGGUCGCGCUCGGCGUCCGGAGGCUCGACGCGGGCUCCUCUAGCGCGUCCCCGUCCCGGCGGCUGCUCCUCGACACGUGUCGUGUCUUAGAUUCCCGUGCGAGGCCCCCGUAGCCUGUGCCCCUUGUCCGUGCCCGCGGCGGCCGCCGUAGUGUGUUGUGCAGUGAGUCUUGUUCCUCGAGGUGGUGCCCUGUGCGUGGUUUGAAGUGGGUGUUGUCAUGCGAUGCCGUAGUUUGGACCCGUAAGUGGGUGGUUCUUGUUGCUACAAAGAAAAAUAAUCCUCAGUGUUCGCCCUUGUAGAGAGAGAGCCCAGUUCACGGCGAGGUGGUCAGAGGGACGGCUCUCGCCCAGUCCGACCUCUGACCCGGUGACCCCGGGGAGAGGGCUCGCCGGGAGACUCGUUUCCGGCGGGAAGGGAGUGUCCGGGGCACCGAGUGCGGGACGUACCCUUUUAAGUAGAAAGAGGGGAACUCUGCUCUCCAGUUUCCUAAGGAACAAUAAACGUAGUC